AUGCAUCCGUUGUACAGGAAACUCCUUAGGGAAUGGAAACGUUUGAGCCAUUAUAAGCACUCUACAUGCCAUAUCAAGCCACAAGAAUCAAAUUUGCAGUUCUGGAAUAUAGUACUACAUGACGAAAGCCGAGAUUUGGAACUUUACUGUGUUGUUUUCAUAAGCCACAAGCCUAUGAACGAAUGGGAGCCUAUCAUACUAUUAAACUGUUUGACACCUAAUCCCUGCAUACCUGUGAAUAAGACUAUCUGCUUGAAUCAUCUCUCUCCUGUUCUUCUGAACUAUGGGUUGUGCUCCUUUUAUGAGCAUUUGUUAUCAUCAAUUUAUAGUCGCUGUACUAAUAUCACCGAUUAUCAUAAAAAAUUGGCCAUGGCUUGGAACAGAAUUAUGGUAAAGGAGUUCAAGAAUUUCUCCCCGCGACUAUUCGAGUCUUACUCGGUGACUCAAACAGACGUUCAGAUGGUAAACGAAUAUUUGCAAACGCAGGCUCAGUCACAACCUAAUCAUACAAAAAGAAACUCCCCGAAAUUGCAUAGUAAAAGCCCAACCCCGGUAGAUACCCAUAACCACAUAACAAACGAAGACUGUUCGGAACAGUUAUACAGGGGAAAGAGGCAAAGAACCGGGUUGAGCUCUUUUAUGAGUGUGAGUCCACUCACAGAACCGAAUCUCAACAACUUGGAAACCUCUGAAGAUUGUGACUUUUUAGAAAGUAGAAAACGCAGGCGAUAA